AUGCAAAAUGUAAAAUUUAGAGAUAAUUUUAUUAAAUUGGGUGAAGAAGGCCCAAGAAAUGCAACUACUACAAAUUUUUAUGGGAGCUAUUUUUUAUCGGAUAAGGAAAAUUACUUUGAUAUAAAUGAAUUUGAAAAAAACUUAGAAAUGAAUAUACUAAAAAAUGAAUAUGAUUUAUUAAUAUUAGAAGUAAAAAACUUAAAUGUUUCCAUAGCUAAUGCUUUAAGAAGAAUUAUGAUAUCAGAAGUACCAACUAUUGCCAUUGAAAAAGUAAAUAUUUUUCAGAAUACUGGAAUAAUAGCUGAUGAAAUAUUAUGUCAUAGAUUAGGUUUAAUUCCAUUUAAAUUUGAUGCAGAUUUAAUUAAUUAUAAAGAAGAAUAUGAAAAAUAUAACCCCUUGAAUUGUUUUUGUUUUAAACUUCAUGUAAAAUAUAAAAAAAUAGGAAAUGAAAAUAGUUUAAGUGUAUAUUCAAGGGAUUUAAAAUGGUUUCCUUUAAAUGAGCAGCAGAAAAUAAAGUUUGAAAAUAAUCACCCAAAAGUGGUUGAUGAUAAUAUUUUAAUAACAAAAUUAAGUAGUGGACAAGAAAUUGAACUAAUUUGCUUUUUAGAAAAAGGAAUUGGAAAAACUCAUGCAAAAUGGUCACCUGUUUGUACAGCUGUAUAUAAAAUGUACCCAUCUUUUACCUUUGAUACAUCUGAAAAUUUUACAAAAGAUGAAAAAUAUGAUUUAGUUAAUAUUUGCCCCAAAAAUGUUUUUGAUAUAGAAGAAAGUGAGAAUUUAGUUGUAAAAGACCCUUUAAACUGCUCUUCAUGUAGAGUAUGUAUUGAAAAAUAUCCAAAAAAGGUUUCAUUUCAUAAAAUUAAAAAUCAUUUUAUUUUUACUAUUGAAUCUACGGGAUGUUUUUCCUCUGCCGACAUUUUUAAGAAGGCCUUACUUAUUUUAAAGCAAAAGGUUCUUAACAUCAAAGAAGCAUUGGAAGAAGAAACAAAUACUUAA